CGCCUAGGAGCGCGCAGGCUCAUGGGUAAUGUGGUGCAGGCGGCAUAACACGCUGGAGACCGGCGUUGGGUGGGGAAAAAAAAGAAAUAGCUUCCGUAUCUCCGUCAGCUGGAGGGGUUAAAGGGUCUGGAAGUGCACACUGUUGGCAUGUUGAACGCUUGUUUGUGUCGCGUCCCGAUAGAGUAACAUAGUAACUGCGUCAGCGCUGCUCUCCCGAUCCUUUGAUACCAGCAGCGACAUGAGUCUGAACGAGCACUCACUGCAGGCGCUGUCCUGGAGGAAGCUGUACCUGAGCCGGGCUAAACUGAAGGCUUCAAGCCGGACAUCAGCUCUGCUUUCUGGAUUUGCUAUGGUGGCCAUGGUGGAAGUGCAGCUGGACAACAGCUAUCCGUACCCACCGGCUCUCCUGAUCGCCUUCAGUGCCUGCACCACCGUGCUGGUGGCCGUUCACCUGUUCGCCCUGAUGGUCAGCACCUGCAUUUUGCCCAAUAUAGAGGCUGUGAGCAAUGUGCACAACCUCAACUCUGUCAAGGAGUCUCCACAUGAGCGGAUGCACCGACACAUUGAACUAGCGUGGGCUUUUUCUACAGUUAUUGGUACUUUGCUCUUCCUUGCCGAAGUGGUUCUACUGUGCUGGGUCAAAUUUUUGCCCGUGAAGCCCAAGUCCAGUAAUAAUAAUACAAUUUCAGCUGGUGUGGCUGCUGCUAUUACCUCCACAUCAAUUAUGGUCCCCUUUGGUUUAAUCUUCAUAGUCUUUGCUGUGCAUUUCUACCGCUCCUUGGUCAGCCACAAGACUGACAGGCAGUUUCAAGAGCUGGAGGAGCUCUCUAAUCUCACCAGGCUACAAAACGAGCUGGACAACAGAGGGGAGUCUUCCAUCUUGCAGUCUCCAAGCUCACAUUUCCCAUAGUGAAGUGUGGUGGAUAUGCAUCUAUGGUGGAACUGUCACUGCUAGCAUGAAGCCAUUAUUGGCUUCUCAUUUUUUACAGGAAUGAAGAUGUCUCACCUCUUUGUUUGAAAUUAACUUUUUGUGAAAAGAGUUGUAUUUUUUAAGAAAACAUGUUUGAUUGACUGUGAAUUCACAAAUCUGCCGUAGUGCAUGGCUUGAAAUUGGUAAGUCUUAAUUGUGUUAGUCGCUUGAUUUAUCUCUUUCAAUAUUGCAGAGAUAUCUGAACAAUAACUUGAAUGGCUGUCUGUUGCCUGCUGAAUUUAUUGACCCAUUUGUCAGCGAACACUGCAUUUGUUAAUAUAAACAUAUUGCCUUGUGUUUUGUAAACAACAGGUAUUUAACGCUUUCUUACUUACUCAUGAUGUACGAUUUCUUGUACUGUCCACUGAUUGUUUUUGUAAUGCUUGCUUUGUGUACACUGAUUCAACAGCUGCUAAAAACUGCAGUAUUAUUUGUAUAGUAUAUUUGUUGACAUCUGUAGCACAAUCUGUUGAAAUAAACACCUUU